AUGGGAAUACGGUUAGUUUAUAGCGGCCCUGCUAGAUGCGAGAACUACAUAGAACAACGUGUUUUUGAAAAAGUGCUCGAUCUACCGACUAGGCUAUACAUCUGUAUAUCUGCCAUGAACGGAAAAGUGAAAAGGGACGAAGAAUAUCAAACGCUAAAAGCUCCAUUCCGAGAAUUAAAUGGGGAAUCUCUUCUUCAUAUGGGACGCAUUAGUAAAUCAACCUUUAUGGCAUUAUCCGAUUAUCGUCUAAUCAUUUGUACCAAUGGCAAUGUUUAUUGUAUUCCACUAGGCUUGAUCGACGCAGCAGAACUAGUACAGAAGGAUAGUUUAUCAAUACUGUGCAAAACUGCUUCAAAUCUGCGGUGUACAUUUUCUUCAGAGAUUUUGCAACGAACGUGGGUUAGUAAAAUUUCCAAGGUGCUUCGGGAUAGAUCUCACGUAGAAGGACUGUUUGCUUUUUGUCACAUGGCUUGGAGUAAAUGUCACCUGCAACAUAAGGAUAAUGAUAGUUUAAAUCACGUUUCGAUACGUAAUUCUGUAACUGUUAUAAUAUUGGCUGAUUUGUGCCAUUAUACAAAAAGAUAUUCCUCUACUUAUCCCAAGUUGCACAUCGUGCCUGCAUCGGUUACAGAUCAAAUGUUGGAAAGUGUAUUUCGAUUCCGGUCAUUAGGUCGCAUACCGUCUGUAGUCUGGAGGGAUCAAGCUAGUGGCGCUGUUAUUGCUCGUUCAGGGCAACCUCAGGUCGCCUUUUUAGGGUACCGGUGUGCCGAAGACGAAUCUUUGAUAAGAGCAAUUGCUGAAAGUUCUACCGGCGACAAAGUUAAUGAAGAUGAGCUCACUAAUGGUAUGGUGGCUUCUGCCUGCGCCGGAAGUUUGGAAGAUAAAUCGUUCUACAAUAAUUUUUCUCCAUUCAAUAUGUCUGCAUCUUUAAACCCAUUAGUAAGUAGUGGUUCUUACAGCGUUGAAGCUAGCUCCAGCCAGCGGAGAAAUUCCUUUCAAAUUAUUGACGCGCGAUCUUAUGCAGCUGCUCUAGCAAAUCGUGCAAUGGGUGGUGGGUUAGAGUAUCCAGUUAUCUUUAAUGAAUAUGGAAUUACUUGCUUACGUAACUAUUUUUUUAGUUGGCUGGCAAAUUUGGAAUCAACGAAAUGGUUCCAUUACUUGGGUGGUCUUAUACGUACUGCAUUAUUGGUGUGCCAGUCUAUAAAGUCUUCUCGUUCAGUACUUGUACACUGUAGCGAUGGUUGGGAUAGGACAUCGCAAAUUGUAUCACUAGCAGAAAUUAUGUUAGAUCCUUAUUAUCGAACUAUAGAAGGUUUUAUUAUUAUUAUCGAAAGGGAAUGGCUUGCAUUUGGCCACAAAUUUGCCGAUAGAUGUGGACAUUCCUUUCCACUUUCAGAAUCUAACGAACAGAGUCCUGUAUUUCUUCAAUGGCUAGAUUGUGUGCAUCAACUGAUGAAGCAAUUUCCAUGUUCAUUCGAAUUCAACGAAGCUUUACUGAUAAAGCUCGCAUACCAUUCGUAUUCCUGCCUUUUUGGUACUUUCCUAUUCAACAAUGUUCACGAACGUAUCCAGCAUAAGGUAGCUCAAAGAACGAAGUGUUUUUGGCGAUUUGUUAGAACACAACGAGAAAAAUUUUGUAAUUUCCUAUACGAUCUAUAUGAUAAGCAAGUUCUAAACCCUUCUUAUGAGUUUCGAGAUUUGUCGUUCUGGACUAGGAUGUACUUUCCAACAUCGUCCAAUACAAACGGUUCUCAGACGAUGUUAUCGAGAAAUCAUGCUUCCUCUAAUUCUGAUGGCUACCCGAGUACUUUACAAUCGAAUGGUAGAGAUUUUACCGAAGAUGAUAGGAAAUUGCACAGUCUGGAUAACAAUAACACUUAUCAGCUUGGAAAUAAAAAGAUUGAAAUCAAUAGGCCCAACGAUAAUGCAUAUCUCUUGAGUUUUAGUGAUCAGAAUGUUGUAGUAAAUGAAUUAAACGAUUCGGUAGCUAAAAUAGAUUUUAUUGAUCAUGAAUCAGAAAAUGAGAAUCAACCUGUUGAUGAAAAUUCUGAUAAAGACCAACAUCCGAUAUUAAAACUGAAAGCAGAGUGUCGGGAGUCAAAUCUCUCCGAUCCACCGCUUUCUCCUGGAUCGAUAAAAGAAUACUCUAAAAGGCUAGAAAAUGUCCUCGAUGUUGAUGGUCUCGUAAAAUUUGCUGAUCCGGUGCAGGAUAGACUACGAGAUAUCAGGUUAUCAUAUCACUCAGAGAUAGACCAUUUGAGAGUGCAACUCGAAAACGCAAUUCCGGGGUUGGAUUCUAGUAGAGAAGUAGUAUCGCGCGAGCAACUUGUAACGAAUUUGGCUACUCCCAGCAAUGGAUAUGAUUACAAGGGUUUCUCAGUAUCGGUCAGCGAUGAGUUGCAAACCUGGGAGGAAGUCACUGAAGAGGAUACUAAGAGAACUCUGUGGCUACCAGAUUACGCAGUCUCAAAUUGUCAUGACUGUGGAGUACAAUUUUGGUUUAUAAUCCGUAAGCAUCAUUGCAGGUGUUGCGGAAACAUUUUUUGUGGUAUAUGCGCCAAUCAGUUUAUCCCUGUUCCGGAAGAGCAGCUAUUUGACCCGGUUAGGGUUUGUAAUAAAUGUUAUGCGAAGCUAAACGAAAGCUAAGCAUUAGUGUUCCAGGCUUCAAAUCAAGCGAUAUAUUUUAGUUGUUGUACUUCAAAGAAAUUAAUUUAUAAAGUAAUGUAAAACAAAAUUGGUUCUAUUUAAAUUGAGUUUUAUUACCCAUUUACUGUUGCAGCUUUCUUUGAAACAUG